AAGGAAACGAGUGAGGGCCAUUGUUGGAGAAUAAAUCAUCUGCAGUUGCAACUGACUUGGAUGUCCUGAAGUAAACGGGGGCGAUAUCCAUGUGCACAUGGUCGAAAGUGGGCUACAGUGCCGUCGGCGCUCGUACGAUACAUGUGGAUGGGGCGAACUCAAGUCACGAGGCAGCCCUUGUUCGUCGAUCCGUCCCAACGAUACCCGCUGAGCUCUGCAAUUUAUCCCUCGCGGCACGUUCCCCCAGCAAAUGUCAAACUCGCACAUCUCAAUUUCCCCAAGUUGCCUUCUCGAACCAAACAUCCUGCUGGACACGUCAAAAGGCGACGCGGAUAAAGAGCAAGGUGCGCCGAUGGGAAUGGCUUGGACAGGUGUCGCCAAGCGAAGGGAGUGACCCCUUGACCACAUUAAAGGAAGGCAAAAACCUCUUGGUUGGGCUCGCCAGCUCGGGGGAAAACGGGUGCAUGAUGUCCGAUCGGUCCAGCAUGCGCUUGCGCAUCUUCGCUACCGGCGACUUCGUCGAGCCUUUCUGCCCAAAUCAACGUGUUCGUUGCUCGCCUGUUCCCCUGGAUAGUGCAGCGUUUCGAUCGUUCGUUCUGACAUGAACUAUUUUGUGGGCUUCAGCACGACGUUGGUUCGUUCGAAUCGUUUCCACAUUGCAUGAGUGCCGCUCUCGGCCCAGAGUUGUAGCCUUGCAGACAGGAGCCAGCCCCAGAAUAAGCUGAUUUUGAACCCUCAGCCAUCCAUCGUGUGGGUGCAAAGCGAACGUUCAUUGAGGCAGGCGCCACAACAAGGUGGCUCUCGAUCGAGUGUGAAUUGACAGUUCUGCGCCUUACAGGAACACAUUCAAGCACAUGACUCGACUUCUAUGCUGGGCACCACGAUCGCGAUCGGGCGUGGAACGAUGAUCACGCCCGACGGGGUAGGUAGCCUCCACGACCAGUUCCGACGCGCGUGCUGGAGGGCUUUACGGAUAAUCCCCAUCGGUUCUGGGGCCACCUGCGCCGUCGAAUCCACGUGUAACCAUGACGUGAUCCAGACGGAGCGACUUUAGCCGGGGCGUGUGCUGGCGUGUAGUCGAUCGCCCAGUCCUUCGACGAUCUGCUUGGAAGCCGCAUACCCGAGCGGAUUCAUUGCAAGUGAUUAUCCAGAUUGAGUGCUGUCGCCGCGGCAUUUCCAUGUGUCGAUCGCCACAGAGCGCAGUCAACUACAUCUUCGUUGUCGAACGCCUUGCAAUGUC